AUUAGUUUUCCUAACCUAAAUGUAUCACAUUAAAAUUAUUUUGUAACCUCUACUUAUUUCGAGUUCAUAGUUUAACAAACAAUAAGAUCUGUUUAAUACCUCGUAAAUCAUGAAAGUUUUAUUAAUAUAAAUCCUCGGACACUAUAAAAAAUUUGAGACUAAAAUAAAUUCUUUGUCUUAAACUUUAUAUGUUAACCUAUAAAAGAUUAUCUCAGUUUAUGAACGAAGAACUAUAUUAAAAUUUUGUUAAUAAUUUUGUAAUAAUGAAAAAUCGAUAAAUGCGAUAGAUGAAAGUACGACAUUUCUUUGCGGGUAUCCUUAUAGGCAUCCCUAUCGGGAUCACUUUUUUGGAUACAGUUGGUUACAUAGCCAAGGUAGAAGGAGUUUCUAUGCAGCCAACCUUAAACCCUGACGAAAGAUAUCCUGAUUAUGUUUUUCUGAAUCGCCGAGCAGUUCGUACACAAAAUAUUCAACGCGGCGAAAUAGUGACUGUAAAAUCUCCAAAAACUCCAGAACAAAUUUUGAUUAAGCGAGUUGUAGGACUUUCUGGAGACAUUGUACGCACACAUGGCUAUAAAGCAGACAUUCUACAGAUACCUGAAGGCCAUUGUUGGAUAGAAGGUGACCAUAUUGGACGUUCCAUGGACUCUAAUACUUUUGGACCAAUUUCUCUUGGAUUGAUAACUGCUAAAGCUACUUCCAUAGUCUGGCCACCUAGCCGUUGGCGAUACCUUUAUCCUUCUAUGACAAAUCAUAAUUUUCCAUUAAAUUCACCAAAAGUACCCGCUAGAUAG